AUGGCCCUGCGCAUCGUCGUGCACUCGUCGCCGCUCGACUUGCUGCGCGCAGUCGAGCGCAGCCCUGGCGCUGACAGCGUGCUGACGAACCAUUGCCUCGGCUUCGUCUUCGCUCGAUGGCUCGAGACGUGCUCUCCGCGUGCGCCGAGACUCGAGAAGGGCUCGAACGAGGCCGACAAGCCGGACGAGGACGUCGAGGUGCUCGUGACGGUCAGCGAGGGCGACGACCUGCGCCUCAUCUUUACCAAGCUCGGUCGAGCUCAGUGCGAGCUCGUGUCGCCUGUCGCACCCGCCGACGUGCUCGACCUUGCUCUCCCCCUCCUCGCACCACUCGUCGACCACCUCCUCGCCCUCGAGCCCUUCUCGACGUCGCCUGCCCUCCUUCGCACCCUGUACGGCCCCCUCCUCCUCGUCGACGCCUUCCUCGCGCGGUGGCCGCAUCCGCGCAAGGCCGAGCCCAACUCGCCGCGCCUGCCCGCCUCGAUCCGCUCGGCCCCUCAACGUGUCGCCUUCCCGCCCGAGCACUCGCUCGUCCGCAUCCGAGACGUCGAGACGCUCUCUCGAGCAGAGCUCGGCGCGAUCGGGCAGCUCCUCGUCGCGUUCUACAGCACGCUGUCGACGCCGCGAUCGGUCGGCGACGACCUCGUCCAGCAUGCUCGCGCCAUGGUCGUUCGCGGCGCGUUCUGGGUCUACUACGUCCCUCGUCGACCCGUCGGCGUGUCUGGCUGCGCCGCCGAGCCGCAGCUCGGGCGUGGCGAGCUCGAACCCGUCGCGUUCCUCCAGACGGGUCGACCAACGCUGCGGACCUGCGCGAUCCGCAUGGUCUACGUCUCGCCGUCUCACCAGCGACAGGGCAUCGCGCAGCGCAUGGUAAGCGCCGUCGCGCGGGCCCACCUCGUCGAGGCGCCUCGACUCGCGUUCGACCUCGCGCACGGGCCUCGAGUUGGCGAGACGGACGAGCCGACGACGCGCUUCGGGCGCAAGGACGAGGUGUGCCUCUCGGUCGAGCCGGGCAACACGAGCGCGAGGAGGGUGUACGCCAAGGUCGGGUUCGAGGAGAGCGGCGACGUGUGGGCGGACGUGGACCUCGAGGGCGUCGAGCCCGGGCUGUAGAGAAGGGGAGAAGCGGCAAUGCAACUG